AUGACAGAUUUUCGAGUCAGUGAAGACGGCUUUUCACUGAGCAAGGCCGUGGAGGACGUCAGUCAGCACAGCUUCACGCAGACCGAGGCUCUGAAGGAGAAACAGAAAACCCUCAGCUGCCUGCAGGCUACUCUUUCAGAUGUUGAGAAGAAGGCCGAGAUGGCAGAUCAGAAGCUGAGAUCUAAGACGAGGGAAACCAUGGUGCUGGAGGGCAACUUGGAGCACCUGCAGCGGCAGACAAAAGUCCUGCAGGAUCGUUGUGUGUCCAUCACCAAGGAAAACACACAACUCCACGUUCGCAUAUGUGAGCAGGAAGAGAACGCUUGCACGGCGCUGGCAAGGUUCGACACCUACCGACAAAAGAUGGAGGGUCACGCAGCUGCUGUUUUGCAUGUGGCGAGCCAGACGGCGGCCUUUAAAGAGCUGGAGGAGAAGAGAGCGCUGGUCAGGAUCUUGACACAGAAGAAAGAGGAGCUGAGGGAGGAUCUGGAGAGCUCAAAUGGAAACACUGCACAUCUGGCAAAGCGAGAGAUUAAGGCUCUUAAGGGCGAGGUCUCUUCGAUGAGGCAAAUCAUAGCUGAGCAGAGAGAGCGAUUGCAGAAAGAGUUUGAGACUCACACCCGGAUGAAAAAAGACAUAGAGAUCCAGAACAGGCGUUACGAAGCCAUCGUCAAGCGCCUCCACUGCCAACUGAGCAGGGCCCAGUCUGCCCACAGGCAAAUGUUUGAAGAUAUCUACCACAUGGAGCGGCAGCUGGCUGAGCUCAAGAAGCAGCAGGAGUCCUCCCAGGAAACCGAGACCAGUAAACUGUAGUGUUGGUUUGUCCAAUUUCAAUUUGUUUUUACGGUAUGUUAUUAUAAUUGUCUUCUUAUCAGAUCCAAUAUAUCCCAUUGUUAUUCAUAUUCAGUUUCUGAUUAAGAAUGGUUGCCGUUGCACAUUUUGAACAGCAGGGGUCAGCAGUGUCAACUAAAUACCUCUGUCGGUUUAACAUCAUCACAAUACCCUCACCUAUUCUACUACAGACUGGUGAUUUGAUACCAGAUAAUAACAUAAGGGUUCAAGCUGAAUAACUGUACAAGUGUUAAAAUGUGUUUGCCUUGUUGGCACAUUAUUAAAUCCCCUCAACAGCAGGACAUCGCGCAGGAGUGUUUGAAUUUAUUAGGCACUGUCGUGGAAAACCUUUGGGGAUAACAUAAGCAGGGUAUGAGAUGGGGUUUCAGGUCGGUGGUGACAGUGUAUCGGCUUGUCCGGUGUGUGUGUGUGUGUGUGUGUGUGUGUGUGUGUGUGUGCACGUGUCCACAACAGAACAAAAGCCAAGUGUCCAAACUCCAACUGUCGAUGCAAUGGUGUUGUUUUGGUACACGCUGUUCCGAGCGUCCGCUUCACCGGCUCGCUUGAUGUUCUGCGAGAUGACAGUCCCACUGUCGACUAACAAGGGCGUGACUCUGCU